UCUCCGUCUCCACCUUCGCCGCCCCAGCUGCCCCUGCCCCACACACCUCCAUCUGUCUCUUUCUCUCUUUACACUCUGCAACCAAAAUCCUUCCUUCUCUACUCCACACACACACACACACACAAAACUCUUCUCACCUCUGAAAACAAAGAGUUUCUCUCUCUGAAGACCAAACCACUCUCUCUCUCUCUCUCUCUCCCUCUCUUCAUGUCAAGCAGCAAAACCAGCACAGCCACCUCAAACCAUGAAAACCCCUUUCUCUCCCAUUUAACCAAACUUUCUUUCUCAUCAAAACAACCCUCAUCCUCCACUUCCUGCUCAGCCCGCCUCUCUGCCAUGCUCACACUCCUAAACCGGAAAUUCCGGAGACUCUGCUCAAAACUCAGGUGGUCUCGCCGGAAAACCUCCAAACCCAAGAUAGUGGUCAGGCUUAAUAAGGCCAAAAACUCAGCAGAUAAUUUUUCCAGCCAGUUCCAGGCCAUGAGAACCCAUGAUAGGCCACAGACUCCUGAAAUUUCGAAAACCAUAAGAAUUGCCACCUUCAAUGCUGCUCUGUUUUCAAUGGCACAAGCAGUUCCAAAGCCUCUCUCAUCAGAGGAGAGCUUUAGAGAGAUGGACCUCAAGGGGAAGUCUUUGAAUGAUAGGCCAAAGAGCAUCCUAAAGCAAAAAUCAGUUUCUCACUCUAUGAAUGAUCCUAAUGAGUUCUCUCCCUCUAAGCGAUACAAGUCCCAGGGUUCAAAAUUACGGGUCUCGAUCAAUUUGCCCGAUAACGAGAUCUCGAUAGGGAGGAGCCGACAGCUGAAGAUAAUCGAGAACGAGGAGGGGACCGAGAAGGCGUGGGUUUUGAGCAAUGGGGAUGUUAGAAUCAGGAGAGAGAAAGGCCCCAUGCGGCCUAGUUUGAGUUUACCAGCACAGAGGAUAAGAGAGAAAGAGAGUGAGAACUUGAGGAACAGGACUGUUCUUGAGGUUUUGAAGGAGGUGGAGGCUGAUAUUUUGGCUUUGCAAGAUGUGAAGGCAGAGGAAGAGAGAGGAAUGAAGCCAUUGUCUGAUUUAGCAGAGGGAUUAGGGAUGAAAUAUGUUUUUGCGGAGAGUUGGGCACCAGAGUAUGGGAAUGCAGUUCUCUCUAAGUGGCCUAUAAAGAGGUGGCAGGCUCAAAAGAUCUUUGAUGAUUCAGACUUCAGGAACGUCUUGAAGGUUGUAGUCGACGUGCCCACUGCAGGAGAGGUGAAUGUCUACUGCACCCACCUUGACCACUUAGAUGAGAACUGGAGAAUGAAGCAGAUAACUGCAAUACUACAGGGGAGCGAUGGCCCACACAUUUUAACCGGAGGCCUAAACUCUCUUGAUGAAACUGAUUACUCAGAAGAGAGAUGGACAGAUAUUGUAAAGUAUUAUCAGGAGAUUGGAAAACCCACUCCAAAGGUCGAGAUAAUGAAAUUCUUGAAGGGAAAAAGAUAUACAGAUGCCAAGAACUUUGUGGGCGAAUGUGAAUCAGUUGUCAUGCUUGCCAAAGGGCAAGAUGUUCAGGGCACCUGUAAGUACGGGACUCGAGUUGAUUACAUACUGGCUUCUCCUGAUUCCCCAUAUAGAUUUGUACCUGGAUCAUACACAGUGAUCUCGUCAAAAGGAACCUCUAAUCACCACAUUGUAAAAGCUGAUAUCCAAGUUUCAAGUCUUCCGAAUGGAUCCACAUGUGCUCCAUACAAACCCAAGACCGUGCGAAUACAAAAAUCCACUUCAAGAGGAAUAUGGAGAACAACUUCAUGAUUUUCCUUGUAUGCAAAAACCACUAAUUCUUUCUUCUUAAGUGUUCUUUUGGGGGGCUUAUAGAAUUGAAUUCAGGUUGAUGUGAUUUACCCAAAAAAAAAAAAAA